UUCAUCUUGAUUUACAAAGGAUUUUAAUUUACCAUAAUAUACACAUAAUGGCUUUAGUUGCUUACGAUUACAGUGAUUCCAGUGACGUAGAAGAAAAUGCAACUGAGGAAACCAAAAAAAUCGAACAUGAGCAUUCGGAAACAGAGAGUCUUUCUGAACCUAAACUUUAUACACAACCUCAUGCAUCCAAUGUAUGUAAUAUCUUGUUCAAUCUUCUCCCACAACCAGCCAAAACAAAUGCAAUAGAGGAAGAUGAAGAUGAGUUCUUGCAUAAAAAAGGAGUUUCUAAUAUUAUAAAACCCAAGGCCAAAAUCACAGUUCCAUCACCGAGUGAUUUCAAAGAUAUAGAAGACAAUGUGCCAAAACCAAAAGUGGCUAGUGGGAAAAAAUCUGGUCUGUUAAGUAUGCUGCCACAACCUAAACAUUCUGUUUCUAUCAUGUCUACAACAAAGUCGUUUGUUCCUCACGUGUUGACAAAAAAACCAGCUAGUACAAUCAAAAAACAGCCAUUGCCAUCACCAAGCAGUAAAACAAAAUCUCUAUCAAAAGAUUACUCUGAUGAAAGUGAUGAUGAAGAAGUACAGAAUGAUUUCUUUUCUAUACAUAAAACUGAAAUGACUGUUGAAGACAUACCACUAGAUACAAACAAACAAGACAAGGGUGUCAUCAAUACAAGUAUAGCAAAUAACAAAAAACAAACAUCUAAUAUACUAUCUUAUUUCAAACAAGAUGAAGUUGAAGACACUGAAGCAUUACAAACUAAUGUGAUAAAUCAUGAAGAGCAAAGGCAUUAUCAAAGUUAUGAAAAUUCUAACCAUGAAAGUGAUUUGAAUGUGCAACCUUCAGAAGAGAUUGCAAUUGAUGAUGAAGCAAUCAUAAAAUUAUGUGGAACUCGUGGCAAGAGGAAGAGGGAAGAAAUUCAAAUUGUGAAUAUAAAUCAGAAAGAAGUGCUGGCUGAUGCUAAAGACUGGCUUCUUAAAGGUCUUAUGGAUGACACCAGCAAAAGAAUGUCAGUAAGUAAAAGAAGAGGAGAUGAACCCACAAGCCAACAAAAACGGAAACAUCAAAUCACUUACCUUGCUCACCAGGCUAAAGCUAAUGAAGCAGAACUACAAAAUCAAUGGGCUAACAACAGAGUUUCAAAAAGACAAACACAAUCCAAGUAUGGUUUCUAAUUAUAAGAAGUAGAAGUAAAGUGAACACAAUUGUAAAUAAUUAAAAGUAAAUUAAAAUUACUAUAUGGUAUUUUAUUAUUCU